AUGCUGACUGAAUGUUCUCAGUCACGUCUUUGCUCCUUCCCCUCCCUGCAAACUCUGCCCUUGCUGCCAGCAGAGCCGAAGGGAGCCGAGCUGGUGGUGACGGCAGCACCGCAGCGCUUCCAGGUGGACAUCCUCCCUGUGGAUGAUGGGACACCCAGGGUGGUCACCAACCUGGGCCUGCAGUGGCUGGAGUACACGGAUGGCAAGGCCACCAAUCUCAUCACUAAGAAGGAAUUACUGACGACAGAUCCUGACACAGAUGACAAACAGCUGAUCUAUGAGAUAACAGCCGGUCCCAGAAAUGGCCACGUGGAGAACAAGCUGAAGCUGGGCACAGCUGUGACCACCUUUACACAGGAGGAUGUGAACCAGGGCCUCAUUCGGUACGUGGCGCACGAGGAGAAGGUCCAGGAGACCGCGGACAGCUUUCAGUUCCUAGUGAAGGACAGCAAACCCAACGUGGUCAGCGGCAACGUCUUCCACGUCCAGUGGUCCCUUCUCAGCUUUACUCACGGCAGCUACGAGGUCAGGGAGAGCGCCGGCUCCGUCAGCGUCGCCGUGAGGCGGGUGGGGAACCUCAACCAGUACAGCAUUGUCCUGUGCCGCACCGAGCAGGGAACGGCCACCGCUGGAGCCACAUCACGGCCUGGGGAGCAGGACUACGUGGAGUAUGCGGGGCAGGUGCAGUUUGAGGAGCGGGAGGACACCAAGGCCUGUACCAUCACCAUCAACGACGACGACGUGUUCGAGGGCACGGAGAUCUUUUCCGUGGAGCUCAGCAUGCCGGCCUACGCCCUGCUGGGGAACGUCACCCGGGCCACCGUCACCAUUGCGGACCCCGAGGACGAGCCCACACUGCAGUUCGACAGGAGCGCCUUCCACGUCAGCGAGAGCGCCGGCUUGCUCUCGGCUCCCGUGCAAAGGAAAGGGGAUGCCAGCAGCACCGUGUCUGCCAUCUGCUACACCAUCCCCAAAUCGGCCAAGGGCAGCGGCCUUCACAUGCUGGAAUCCGGCUCCGACUUCAAGUCCCGGGGGCUGUCGGAUGAGAGCCGCCUCAUUUUGGGGCCAGGUGUCACCCUGGUGACCUGUGAUGUCACUCUGAUCGACGACAGUGAAUAUGAAGAGGAAGAGGAGUUUGAGGUGGUGCUGGCCGAUGCCUCGGACAACGCCCGCAUCGGCAGCCGGGCUUCAGCCAACGUGGUCAUCGCCGGUCCCAAUGAUGCCUCCACGGUGUUCCUGGGGAAUGCCACCUUUACUGUCAGCGAGGCUGCAGGACACAUUGAGAUCCCAGUGCUCCGGCAGGGACCCGACCUCUCCACACCCACGUCAGUGUGGUGUGCCACUCGGACGUCAGACCCGCCCUCGGCCAGCCCGGGAGUUGAUUAUGUCCCCAGCUCCAGGAAAAUAGAGUUCAGGCCAGGCAAGACAGAAGAGUUCUGCCCCCUGACAAUCCUGGACGAUGCUCAGUAGCCAGUGAUAGAAGGGCUGGAGACAUUUGUUGUUUACCUCAGCUCCCCCUACGGAGCCGAGCUGGCAAAGCCGUUCCAGGCCGUUGUGGCCAUUAACGACAUUUUCCAAGACGUGCCCAGCAUGCAGUUCACCAAGGACACCUACACGGCCAAGGAGAAGGAAGGGACCCUGCACAUCCCCAUCUUCCACAUGGGGGACCUGAGCUACGAGUCCUCCGUCAGGUGCUACACAUGGAGCCAGACGGCGCAGGUCACGGAGGACUUCGCGGAGAGGAGGGAUGCAGAGGAGUCUCGCAUCACCUUCUUCAAAGGGGAGAAGGUGAAGAACUGCAGCGUCCACAUCAGUGACGACUCUGCCUUCGAACCAGAAGAGCAGUUCCAGGUCUGUCUGGGUAGCCCCCUUGGAAACCAUUGGAGCGGAGCUCGGGUUGGGAAGAUGGACGUGGCAACCAUAACUAUCAGCAAUGAGGAAGAUGCCCCCACCAUCGAGUUCGAAGAGGCCGCGUACCAGGUGCGGGAGCCGCUGGGCCCGGAGGGAGUGGCUGUGCUGAACAUCCCGGUGAUCCGCAGGGGCGACCAGAACAGAACCUCCAAGGUGCGCUGCAGCACCCGCGACGGCUCGGCACAGGCCGGCGUGGAUUACUACCCCAAGAGUCGGAUGCUCAAGUUCAGCCCAGGCGUGGCCCACAUCAUGUUUAAGGUGGAAAUCAUGUCCAACGAAGACCGGGAGUGGCACGAGUCCUUUUCUCUGGUGCUGGGCCCAGAUGAUCCUGUGGAAGCAGUUCUAGGAGACACCAGCACUGCCACAGUGACUAUUUUGGAUCAGGAGGCAGCGGGGAGCCUGAUUCUCCCAGCACCUCCCGUGGUGGUCACCCUGGCUGACUACGACCGCGUGGAAGAAGUGACCAAGGAGGGUGCUAAGAAAUCCCCCUCCCCGGGCUACCCCCUCGUCUGUGUCACUCCCUGUGACCCUCACUUCCCCAAGUACGCCCUGAUGAAGGAGCGCUGCGGCGAGGCCGGGAUCAACCAGUCUUCCAUACAGUUCAGCUGGGAAGUGGCCGCCCCCACGGACGGGAACGGAGCCCGCUCGCCUUUCGAGACCAUCACGGACAACACGCCCUUCACCAGCGUCAACCACAGGGUGCUGGACAGCAUCUACUUCAGCCGGCGGUUCCACGUGCGCUGCGUGGCCAAGGCUGUGGACAAGGCUGGCCACGUGGGGACCCCCCUGAGGAGCAACGUGGUGACCAUAGGCACAGACAGUGCCAUCUGUCACACGCCAGUGGUGGCGGGGACGGCCCGAGGCUUCCAGGCACAGUCCUUCAUUGCCACGCUCCGGUACCUGGAUGUGAAGCACAAGGAGCAUCCCAACAGGAUCCACAUCUCGGUGCAGAUCCCCCACCAGGAUGGGAUGCUGCCCCUCAUCUCCACGCUGCCGCUGCACAACCUGCAUUUCCUUCUCUCCGAGUCCAUCUACAGGCACCAGCACGUCUGCUCCAACCUGGUCACUGUCAGAGACCUCAGGGGCAUCUCAGAGGCAGGGUUCCUGGACGAAGUGACCCAGGGCAGCUUCGUGCUGGGCCCGGGCUACGACCGCCCCUACCAGCUGGACCCCGCGGUGAGGGAGCCCAAGAGCAUCCAGCUGUACCAGCACCUCAACCUCAAGAGCUGCAUCUGGACCUUCGACGCUUAUUACGACAUGACCGAGUUAAUUGAUGUCUGUGGGGGCUCUGUCACCGCUGACUUCCAGGUAAGGGACUCUGCCCAGUCCUUCCUGACAGUCCACGUCCCUCUCUACGUGUCCUACAUCUGUGUGACGGCACCGAGGGGCUGGGCUUCCCCGGAGCACCACACCGAGAUGGAGUUCUCCUUCUUCUACGACACCGUUCUCUGGAGGACAGGGAUCCAGACGGACAGCGUGCUCUCGGCCCGCCUGCAGAUAAUCCCCGUCUGCAUCCGCGAGGACGGACGGCUGGUCAUCGAGUUCAAGACGCAGGCCAAGUUCAGAGGGCUGUUUGACAUGGAGCACCACAGGAUGCAUCAGGAUGUCAGGUCCUCUUUGAUAACUCCAGAGCACCUGGGAGGCAUCGAAUUUGCCCUGCAGCUGCUGUGGAGUGCUCGGACUUUUGAUUCUCCCUACCAGCUCUGGAGAGCAACCAGCUCCUACAACAGGAAGGAUUACUCUGGAGAAUACACCAUCUUCCUGAUCCCCUGCACGGUGCAGCCCACGCAGCCGUGGGCAGAGCCUGGAGCCGAGCCCCUGCCCUGCCCGGCUCACGCUCCCGAGCGGUUUUUGAUCCCGAUCGCCUUCCAGCAGACAAACCGCCCAGUUCCGGUUGUUCGCUCCCUGAACACAGAGUUUCAGCUCUGUAACAACGAGAAAGUUUUUCUAAUGGACCCCACCAAAUCGGAAAGGUCUCUGGCAGAAAUGGAUUACAAGGGGGCUUUAUCCAAGGGGCAGAUCCUGUACGGGCGCGUGCUCUGGCACCCGGAACAAAACCUCAACGCCGCUUACAAGCUGCAGCUGGAGAAGGUCUACCUGUGCACAGGCAGGGACGGCUGCGUGCCCUUCUUCGACCCCACGGGCACCGUCUACAACCAGGGGCCCCAGUACGGCUGCAUCCAGCCCCACAAGUACCUGAAGCACCGAUUCCUCCUCCUGGACCGAAACCAGCCAGAAGUGACGGAUAAGUACUUCCACGAUGUGCCUUUUGACGCCCACUUCGCUUCUGAGCUGUCCGAGUUCCACUCAGUGAGCAGCAUGCCCGGAGUUGAUGGAUUUACUCUCAAGGUGGAUGCUCUCUACAAGGUGGAAGCUGGGCACCAGUGGUACCUCCAAGUGAUCUACGUGAUCGGCCCGGAGGGCACGGCCGGGCCCCGUGUCCAGCGCUCCCUGGGGCGGCGCUGGCAGCGCGGCCGCCGGGACCUGCCCGGGGGGGCCGGGAGGCCGGUGCUGGAUGACCCCCUCAUCUACGACAACGAGGGCGACCAGCUGAAGAACGGCACCAACAUGAAGUCGCUGCUCUUGGAGAGGGAAGAAGCUGCCGUCGCAGCCUCCUUGUCCCAAGCGGGCGCUUCCCUGGGCAGCGCCUUCGCCGCCCUCACCCUGCUGCUGCUGGUGCUGUCCGGAAUUUGCCUCCUCGCCAGGAAGUGCCGGCGGCUGCGGAGGAAGCGGGAGGCGGCCAGGGCCGCUCCCGAGGAGCUCCCCUUGAACACCAAGGUGGAGCUGCCCCGGGGCGCCCCGACGGCGGCGGGCAGCCGCUGCUGCACCGUCAGGAACCUUCAUCCACCGAGGGACAGCGGCGGCCUCUGCCAGGGCCAGGGCAGGAGAGUGAAGCAGGUGCACUUGGAAGUCAAAGUCCACAGCAAUUUGCACGACGGCACGGAAGUUUAAUGGAGCACACGCAUUGGGAAAAGCUUUUUAUAAACUGUAAAAUAAAGAUAAUCCAAAACUGAAAAGCCACGCGGGUAUUUUUUUAGUCUGGUGAGGAGGGGCAGCUGUCAAUUCCCCCUGCUCCCGUCUUAGCGACUGCACCGCUGCCCUCCCUCCGUGCUGCUC